UUAACACCUUCAUUCUUCUUCACUCAAAAACUCCUUUUCCCUCUCAUAUUUCUAUAUCUACUUGGCUUCUACAAUAUAUACCUCACCUAGCUAGGAAAAGAAGACCCAUGGAUCAUGAACAUCAACUUCAUGAUAGUACUGAUGAUGAAGAGAAAUGGGUGUAUGAUUCAUCUUUGGAUCAUAAAGGAAGGGUUCCCCUUAGAUCAUCCACUGGUGCAUGGAAAGCUGCUCUUUUUGUCGUUGCAAUCGAGUUCAGUGAGAGGUUAACUUACUUCGGAAUAGCAACUAAUCUCAUCAUCUACUUAACAAAAGUGAUGCACCAAGACCUCAAAACAGCGGCAAAAAAUGUGAACUAUUGGUCGGGUGUAACUACGUUGAUGCCAUUAGUUGGUGCAUUUCUCGCGGAUGCUUACUUUGGGAGAUUCACUAUGAUUCUAAUUUCUUCAGUCGUCUAUCUUUUGGGUUUGGGUCUCUUGACAAUGUCAGAAGUUAUUCCAAGUCUAAAGCCUUGUGAUAAUCCGGCUUCGUGUCAUAAAUCAGAGAAACUUCACGAAAUUAUAUUCUUCCUUGCGUUGUAUUUAAUUUCAUUUGGGACUGGUGGGCAUAAACCUUCUCUAGAAAGUCUUGGAGCUGAUCAGUUCGACGAGGAUCAUGCACAAGAAAGGAUGAAAAAAAUGUCAUACUUCAACUGGUGGAAUUUCGCACUUUGUUCUGGACUCUUAAUUGGUGUAACGGUAAUCGUUUAUGUUCAGGAUGAAGUUAGCUGGGCUACUGCAGAUAUGGUUCUCACAUGUUCUAUGGCUUUGUCUAUAGUGCUUUUCCUUAUGGGUAAGCGAUUUUAUCGUUAUAGGGUGCCUGAAGGAAGCCCUUUGACACCCAUGUUGCAAGUAAUAGUAGCUGCCAUUGCCAAAAGAAACCUGCCGCAUCCUUCAAAUCCAGGGCUUUUAUAUGAAAUUCCCAAGUCUAAUGGAUCAAGACUACUUUCCCAUACAAGAAAGCUAAGUUUUCUUGACAAAGCUGCAAUUCUAGAGGACGGAUAUCCGGAGGAAGACGAUGAAAAAGUGUCAAUCAAGAAGAAACAAAGUCCGUGGAGACUAGCCACAGUAACAAAAGUUGAGGAAUUGAAACUUGUUCUAAACUUGAUUCCGAUAUGGCUGAGUACUUUGGCGUUUGGACUAUGUGUAGCACAAGCAACAACAUUCUUCAUAAAACAAGCCGCAACAAUGAACAGAAAAAUGGGUAAUUUCGUAUUCCCACCGGCUUCUAUCUACUCAGUUGCAGCUAUCGCAAUGUUAAUCUCCGUAGCUAUCUACGACAGAAUCCUAGUACCCGUACUAAGAAAAGUCACGGGAAACGAAAGAGGAAUUAGCAUUCUUCAACGCAUCAGUAUUGGUAUGGUUCUUGCCAUGGUAUCAAUGAUGAUAUCAGCAUUAGUCGAGCGUAAAAGGCUAAAAGUUGUCAACAGAGAAAUUCUCAGUGGAUCUGCCUCUGGGUCAAGCUCAAUGAGCGUAUUCUGGUUAGCACCACAACUAAUAACGAUCGGAAUAGGAGACGGGUUCGCAAUUGUAGGUUUACAAGAGUAUUUUUACGAUCAAGUACCUGACAAAAUGAGAAGUUUAGGCAUAGCAUUUUACUUGAGUGUUCUUGGUGCUUCAAGUUUUCUCAGCAGUUUCCUAAUAACUAUAAUUGAUCAUUUGACUCAAAGAGGUGGUCGAAAGAGUUGGUUCGGUAAAGAUCUGAAUCAUAGUAGACUGGACAAGUUUUAUUGGGUGUUAGCAGCCAUUAAUGCUGUGAAUUUACUUGUUUAUGCGUAUCUCGCCAGAAGGUAUUCGUAUAAGAAUGUGGAGAAAAGAGUUGCUGUUGUUACUGAUUCUUCUGAGGAUGAACGACAUGGAAUUGAAAUGAUCCCUUAAAUCAUUUGAUUUUAAUGCUCUCUUCGUUUUUGCAAAAGCGUUACUAUCGCAUUUUCGUUUUUGCAAUACUAUCGCAUUUUCGUUUUGGCCUAUUUUGCAGAGAGACAGAGGUAAUAUUAUUAUUAUUAGGAGUAUAUUAAUUAAAAGAAGUUUAUUUUGUAAUACAUAUAUAUUUAGUAUAUUCUAGCAAAUAAAAUCUAAACUAUGAAGUAUUUCAUGUAUAUGAAUGUUUUGAAUGGUAAGUAUGCGGUUUGAAAUCCAAAA